CCGGUUUCCAAAAAUGCCAACUAAUACCGAUGAGGCAAAACUGCACAGCGUCACUUCGUUCAGCAACAACAGCAGUAAAAUAGUAUCGGUGGGUUCAACAGUGUGCCGGAUAUGUCACACUAAUACUGCCAAUGAGUGUCUUAUAUCGCCCUGCAAUUGUAAAGGAUCUCUUGCGUAUGUGCACUUGUCCUGCUUGGAGAGAUGGUUAAACCAAUCUAGUCGAAGCUAUUGCGAAUUGUGUAUGUUCCAUUACAAUGCUGUAGAAACGAAACGAUAUUCAUUUUGUGAAGGUUUGAGACUUUGGGCAAAACAUCCCAGAAAUAGAGCUCAUGUUAAAUCAGAUCUACUUAUUGCUGGCCUUUUAAGUCUAGUUACUUUCGGACUUGUUGGUGUAUGCUUCAUGGGUAUGGAAUAUUUCGUAAUAGAAGGAAACAAAAUCGGAAUACAAAAAAAGUGGACUAAAAGCACUAUAUGUUUGUUUUUAGUCAUGAUUGUUUUGGGUGUAAUUGCGUUUGGAAAAUGUAAAGACGAAAGAUUUGCAUUUGACGUAGGCAAUCAGGCGGUCUGCGAGACCGGAAGUGGCGGUUUUGUUCUUCAAUUUCCUCUGUCGGCUGCAUAA